AUGGGGGAACCUCAUGCUCACGGACCGAGCCCAAUUUGGAUGUGGGAGAGGGGAGGGGAGGGGGCGCAACUUAACAGGAAAGCUGAAAUACAAAACUCGGAGAAAUUCGAUUUAGUUUUAUUAUUAUUAUUAUUAUUGUUUUAUCUUUGGCGCAUAACAGUCUUUUUUUUCUUUUUUUCUUUUCUUGUUCUUAGAACGCCAGUUGAUGAUCGAGGCGCAAAGGCAAAAUACUUCCGAACUCAUCCCCUUCCCCCAAAACACACAUUGAGCACACGCUACCAUCUCUUCUGUAAUGAGUGUGAGUGCAUGUAUGCAAGUGUAUAUAUAUAUAUAUAUACAUAUAAUUGCAUACAUGCAAAGGUACAUAUGUACAUGCAUACAUGUUUCUGUGUGUGUAGUCAUCUCCCUUUUCAUGAGCUGAGUUUGACACUUACCAUUAUUACUAUUAUUAUUAUUAUUACUAUUAUUAUUAUUAUUAUUAUUAUUAUUAUUAUUAUUAUCUUCAUUUAUUUUUACUUAAAAAAAUUUUUUUUUUUGCCUUGUUGUUCUCCUCUCCUUUUGUGUGUGAUGGGAAAGGGAGGAGACGUAGGUAUGAGUGCUACUGAAUACCAGGGUGAAGAAAUCGAGAGGCCACUGCCAGCGUGGCUGCGCGAUCAGGAUCACCCGGAGGCAACGGGUGAUUUCUUUUUGGCCGAAGGCUCAGCAAAAACGGUCGGCCCUAAAGAUGACCCAAAAGUCAUGGGCAGUCGUGACACCUCGGAGGUGUUGUCUCUUAUCCUCUCCGAGUUGCAGAGGCAAUCAUUACGCAUAAACGACGUGAAAGCAACUCUUGCACGAAACGUCGCGUACCGAACCUGCUUUGACGUGCUGACGAUGAAUAACGUCACGUUGGACGCCGUUUGCGAGAGCUCCGUUUCUCACCUGCGAAGUACCGUGAGGUACACGGGCUUGAAUUCCACAGUCACGAUCAGUUUUACCCCCGGCGAGGUCUCGAUAUUGCUAGACGACCCUGCUGAUGAUGUGGACUUUAUGGGCGUGAGUUUCACGUCGGAUUGCAUCUUAAACUGCCAACUUUUUGCUGGCAUAAAGGUCUGCAGUGUCGUUCUCAACAUUGACACUCAAAAAAUCACCGAUUUGACGCAAUUGACAUUGGUCGCACGAUCCGAGGAGGCGACAAAAGAGUUGUGCCAGGCGCUGAUGACACUCUGUGGCCGUGACCCGGUGAACCCCGGCGCGCAUCUGCACACACCGCCGUCGCUUCCCAGGGCAAGGCUGGCAUCUGCCGCUGCGUCGGCCGUUGCAUCAGACCUGUCGUCACAAUUGUCGGCGCAGUCACCAACAGAAUGUAGAGUCAACAGCCGCUGUGUUACGGAUGCCGUUCGCACCCCAACCAUGCGUCGUUGCAAGGGGGCAAAACGCCCGUCUUUAAGUGAGCAAGUCCCUUGA